CAUGGCGUCCUGCAAAUGGGUCCCUUCGUUUCUCACAGUGUUACUGAUUCUCCCGCUUCUCAGAUCUUCAACCAGUUCUCUGAGCCCGGAAGAGUUGGCCCAAAUCCCGGACUCGCUCUCCAACUUAACACGGGUGAGUCGACUCGGUCUCUCUGGCAAUUCGUUCUCCGACAUAUCAGCAAAAACAUGGCUCGGCUGAUGCUGUUCUUGUCCGCUGCCUUGGUCCUGGCGGCGAUCAGCUGCGGGGUGGCAGCGUCGAGCUUCGAUGAGUCCAACCCAAUCCGAUUGGUGUCCGACGCUCUCCGUGACAUGGAGGAGCAAGUCGUCCAAGUCCUCGGCAGCUCCCGCCACGUCCUCUCGUUCGCCCGUUUCGCUCACAGGUUCGGGAAGAAGUACGAGAGCGCGGAGGAGAUGAAGCUGCGAUAUGCGAUUUUCUUGAAGAAUAAGAAGCUGAUUCGAUCCACCAACAGGAAGGGCUUGUCUUACACUCUUGCUGUUAAUCGGUUUGCUGAUUGGAGCUGGGAAGAGUUCGCGAGGCACAGGUUGGGAGCUGCUCAGAACUGCUCUGCCACCACAAAGGGCAACCACAAGCUCACUGGUGCCGUUCUCCCUGAGUCGAAAAAAAAAAAAAAAAAAAAAAAAAAAAAAAAAAAUUGGAAAGAAGAAGGCAUAGUGACCCCGGUUAAAGAUCAAGGUCACUGUGGAUCUUGCUGGACAUUCAGCACCACUGGAGCUCUCGAGGCUGCUUAUGUGCAGGAAUUCGGAAAGCAAAUCCCCCUAUCGGAGCAGCAGCUUGUGGAUUGCGCUGGCGCUUUCAACAAUAACGGCUGCAGUGGUGGGUUGUCAUCUCAAGCAUUUGAGUACAUCAAGUACAAUGGCGGUCUUGACACCGAGGCUGCUUAUCCGUAUGUUGGAGUCGACGGUGUUUACAAAUUUGGCACCAUCUUAUUGGGUGUCUUGAGAAAUUCUCCUCGAUUUCAUCCUUGCCGUCUCUACCGCAAGGGAUGUGCUUGAAAGGUGGGAGAUGGA